GACUCCGAUUCGGCUUGUAUGGCGUCGGCGUGCAGCUUUUCAGCUCGCUGGGCGCCGGGUUUGAAUGAGCCGCUUCAGGGGUUGCGGCGCGAAGGUGGCAGCAGCCAAUCAGAGAGGCCGAUUUUUCGCGCUGGUUUUGGCUGGAGGAGGAGGCGGAGACCUAGGGACUGUCGGUCGGACGGCUGGGAAAGGAGCAGAGGCGAGCGCGCGGAGUCCCACCACCGGAGGACGGGGGGAAUUCACCAGUCCUCCGGAGCGCAGCAGGCACAUCCAAAAGCUGUACAUUAGAGAGCGAUUUCCCAAGUACAACCCAUCUUCUCAUGUGCCACCCACAAAGUCUAUCAACAUCUGGAGGAGGAACAGGAUAGUGCUUGACCCCUGCAUAUUCUGUGGAAGCAUUAUAAACCUGAAAGGUUCUUUUGCUCUUUGGCUGAAUGGAAUUCAAAAGUAGCUCUCUGCUGUUAACCAAAAAAAGAGUCAGCCAUAUCAAAAUGAAGCAAGUACCAGAGAUCAUUGGAAAUCCUACAGUGAAGACACAGAACUGUGAAGUGAAUCGUGAAUGUUCUGUCUAUCUAGGCAAAACACAUCUUUCUGCCACACUACAGGAGGAUGUCAUGCCAAAAUACAAUGGUCAUGAUGCUCUCCCAUUUAUACCAGGGGACAAGCUGAAAGAUCUCACUUCUCGUGUAUUUAAUGGAGAAUCAGGAGCACAAGAUACAAAGCUGCGUUUUGAAUCACAGGAUAUAAAAGAAUCUGGAACGCCCCCUAACACUACUCCUGCCAAGAAUGGUUCUCCAGAGAUUAAAUUGAAAAUCACUAAAACUUAUAUGAACGGAAAGCCGUUAUUUGAAUCUUCAAUUUGUGGUGACAAUGGAAUAGAUAUGUGUCAAGCAGAGGAAAAUGAGCAAAAACCGGCAAAUAAGGAGAGGAGAAAUAGAAAAAGAAGCAUCAAAUAUGACUCCCUACUUGAACAACGUUUCGUUGAAGCAGCAUUACUGUCAAAUACAUCUGAUUCCUCUGAUGAGAAGCUUGCAGUUAAAGAAGAUUCUUCUCCACUUACUGGAAAAGAUGACAAAAUUCAUGUAUUGAAGUACAAUGUGGGAGACUUGGUGUGGUCCAAAGUAUCUGGCUAUCCAUGGUGGCCAUGUAUGAUUUCAACUGAUCCUCUUCUUCAUAACUUCACAAAGCUAAAUGGACAAAAGAAGAGUUUUCGGCAGUAUCAUGUACAGUUCUUUGGAGAUGCCCCAGAACGAGCUUGGGUGUUUGAGAAGAGUCUUGUGCCAUUCAAAGGAGAAGAGCAAUUUGAGCAGUUAUGUCAGGAAAGUGCAAAGCAUUCCCUUACAAAAGCAGAGAAAAUUAAGAUGUUAAAACCUGUUGCAGGAAAACUACGCCCGCAGUGGGAAAUGGGUGUUAAGCAAGCAAAAGAUGCAUUAUCCUUGACAGUGGAAGAACGGAAAGCCAAAUAUACCUUCAUUUAUGUUAGGGGCAGACCUCUUCUUAAUUCUCAAGUGGCAACGGAAGCAGGGCUUACUGUCAGAUCUUUGGAGGAAAUGGAUAAACUUUACACAGAUGAAGACAUUUCCCAGACUUUGAGAACAAGGAAAGAAUCUGAUAUUCCUACGAAGAGGAGGAGGAGAACAAAAUUUUCUGCAACUAAUGAAUCUCAAGAAGGCAUUGAACCUAAGAAUAUCAGCCCUGAAAAAGUCCUUGAAGAGAGAGAAACCAAAAGAGGUGCAGGGUCACCUAUUGGUAGGAAAAAAGCUGUUGCACACACUCCACGAAACAGAAAGGGAGAUGCUGUAUCUCAGUUCUUGGUUUUUUGUCAGAAGCACAGAGAUGAGGUGGUUGCUGAACACCCAGAUGCCUCAAGCGAUGAAAUUGAAGAGCUUCUGGAAUCACAGUGGAAUAUGCUCAGUGAAAAACAGAAAGCACGCUAUAACACAAAAUUUGCCAUAGUGACCUCUCCCAAAUCUGAAGAAGACACUGGUUCAUCACAGAAGAGUAUGGGAGAGGCCAAACGUAAAGUGUUUCAAGAAUCACGUAAAAGGAGAUCAAGAUCCAGAAGUAACUUACAUGGAAAUAAAAGGAAACCAAUAAAGAGGACAAAGGAACCUACAGAAGAUUUUGAAGUUCAGGAAACACCUAGGAAAAGGCUCAGGAUGGAUAAAAAGAAUUAUCGGAAGAGGGAGACAAGCAAUGACAAAACAGCAAAAACAAACUCUACUAAGGUCACAGAAACCUCUUCUUCACAAAAGAACCAGUCAGAACUCAUACAGUUCCCAGAUUUUCCAUGGAACAGAGGAUGAUGAAACAGGAUUGGAGACAGCAUGAAAAGAUAUUGAUGACAUCUUAUGAUUGAUCUGAUUGAACUUCAUCUAAAGUGGAUCGAAGAUCAUCUAGUGGGCUUCAGCUAACUUUUGAGCCUACUCCAUGGCAGUGAUAGCAGCACAGAAAAUAUUCUUUUCCACCAUCAUUGUAUCUGCUCAAUGUCUUCCAGUGGAGUGUUUCAGAGUGGUGAGGGGCCCUUUACAAGUUGGUCCUCAGAAGGAGCAGGUGCAACAUCCAGAAGCCUAUCCUUUGUGGAUAAAGUACUCCUAUCCAUUCUAUUCUAGAUCUUUGUUCAGCAUGUUGAUACUCGGAAUGCAAGCAGCUGAAACACCAGCCACUUGAACACUCAAUCCUUUUGCUUCUUGACAAAUUAAAUUGGUUUGGCUAGGAGUUUCAGUCUAGACUGCAGAAAUGAUCAGUGCUUGCCUAUGAGAGAAUCUUAUUUUAUCAACUUUGAAGGGUGCAGUUGUGUACCCCUUUGUUAAACAGAUCAUCCUUUAAUCCUUCUGACUUGAAAUUAAUUAAAGAGCAGGUCCAAAGCUUGGCAGUGCUCCUAGAUCCAAAGGUCCUUUUUAGAUGUCAGAGAUCUGACCUAGGCGUGGUGGUUCCAUGCUCCAGUUGUUUCCUGAUUAGUCUAAUCUGUAAUCUGCUCUGUGUGAGGCUACCCUUCAAAGGUAUCCAGAACCUACACUACUUGUUGAGAGCACAUUACCUCAAUCGUAGAAAUGAUCAAUGCUCGCCUAUGAGAGAAUCUUAUUUUGUCAACUGUAUUGUGGAUCUUUAUUGGUUACCUAUAUGUUUCUGGGCUUAGUUCAGGGUGCUGGGUUUUACCUUUAAAUCCCUAAAUGGCUUGUGUGACCCAUCUAUACCUCCUCUUAUACUUCAUUCAUCAUUUGAGGCCCUGCUCCAUGUGCCAUUAGCUUUGGAGGUAAGAUGUUCAUCUAGGAGCAAGGCCACCUUGGUGAUGGGCCCUGCACUUUUAGAACUUGCUUCUGUUGGAGGCCUACAUGUUCCCCCACUCCUUAUCUUCAUGUAAUAAGUGAAGACCUGGCUAUUACCAAGAAGCAUUCGGGAUUGGUUAAUCUUUCGUGGAUGGUUCUGAUUUUGUUGACUGAGAGGGGUUUUAUUAUUAGUAGUAUCCUGUUAAUGGGGACCUUACUUUUACUGUUGGUUGCUGUUUUUAUUAAUUAGUUGCUCUUAUUGUAUUGUGUUUUUGUUUCUUUUUAUUGCAAGCUGCUUUGUAGUACCAUAUGGUGGGGAAAACAGGGUAUACAUGUAUUAAAAUGAAUAAUGUAAAAAGUAAAUCAAGUUACAUAGGCUAUAGCCAACCAUAUCUGGUGAUGUAAGCUGUAUUUUAGGAAAAUUUACCCUAUGAUAAAUGUUACUCUUUAAGAUGCCACAGAAUGCCUUGGCUUGGAUCAAAUGAAGCAUUUAUAUGAGCAGAAAGCACUUAAGUUGUAUGGUGGGGAUUUCAAAUUGCCUCGUAUUCUCCACUCCCAGUAACAACCUCCCAUGCCACACUAAAUGCUGUUCUGGCGAGUAACCUGAUCCUCAGGUAGGGCUUUUCAGGAGUCCAAGGGGUGGAAGAGAGGAGGAGCUUCUGGUUCUUGAGAUCCAAGCCUUUUGUCAUUCAUUCAGUAUUGUUUUCACACAUUUAGUAAGAUUCACUUCAACAAGGGCAUGAGGAGGGGGAUCCGGAAGUAUUGUUGUGUAACUAUAGGCCAAGGUACACUUCUGUUAGUGGAGAGUGGUAUGUUUCUUGCCUAAGAACUAUCUGUCCUAAUCUGCAUGGAGGCGGGGAACUCUGCAACUGCAUCUUCAAAAUGUUAUAUCUGUUAAUUGUCCAGAAGGGGGAAACCUCAUGUAUGCUGUCUCAAGCUCAAUGAAGGAGGAGUGGGGCAUAAAUGUCAUAAAUACAUAAGUGGCUAACUUGAAAUAGUUUUUACUAUUAAAAAGUGUGUACCGAUCUUUGCUUUCACUCAGUACUUGAAUCUAAAAGGCCAAUUUAAUUUAUUCCUGGGCAAAUGAGGGAAUUUUUUCUUCUUCAACUGGCUUCAAGGAAAUAAAUUAGAGUUCCAAGUUCACUUUAUAAACAGAAAUUAUUUUACAACGACAGGUCUUUCAGAUGCAUGUAAACCACUGAAGAAGCGAAAUCGGGCUUCAGCAGCAGACUCUUCACACCUUGGUUAUAACAAAAGUUCAUCUCCUUCAGCUUCAUUAACUGAAAAUGAGGUAAAAUUAUGAAUGAAAAGUGGCAUUCAGAUAACUGCCAUAAUACAAAAAGUUGUCUUUUUCUUUUCUUUUUUUAAAAAAAGCUCACACUCUAAAAGUUAGAGCAAGACAUAAAAAUAUAAAACAAGCACAAUUCUCCCCCCAUUGAAGGACUGACUAUUCCUUCAAUGUACCUUUUUUCUGCUUGUGGCACAAUAUGGUGGGCUGAUCUGUGCAGGGUAGGGGGAGAACUGGUGAAUGGUCCUGCUCUGCAGAGAUGGGGUUGGAAAAAUGUCUUUUUAGUCCCCUCUAGCUCUCUUAAUAUUCCAGUUUUGAUUUUCAUGUGCUAUUGUGUCAAAUCGAUGUUAGAUGUUUCAACAGAACCAUCCAGUUCAGGCACUUCAAAUAUUGAGUAGACUAUUUGGUUUAGAACACAGUUGAAAAAUUCUGACAAAAGAGUACAUUAUGCAAAUCAUGUUCUGGGAUACUCGCCACCACUGCCAUCCAUUUUAUGGUGCCCUUUCUUCUUCAAUCUCUUCUGCAUAGAACGUCAUAUUUCAGGAAGUCAUUAAGGAUGAAUUAAAAAAAUUGAAAGGGCAUACCUUUCAAUUUUUAUAUAAUAUAAUUUGCGUGCAGCUCAAGCUGUAGCAUGACCAAAAGAAUUGAAAUCCUGUUUUUAAAAAAUUAGAAUCAAAGUUUGAGCACUAGUGUGUUUAUAUGCUUUGUGUCUUCAAGUUGUCUUCAAAUGUUUAGAGUAAAUUUCAAUGUACAUUGUGUACAAUGUAAAAUUCCUUUAAAGAAAAAAUCAAGGAGAUGCCAUUCACUUUCGGUUGAUGGUUCUAUAAUGCAAUAUUGUGUAGUUUCAUAUAUUCAUACUAAUACCCUUUUGUACGGAGAUCAAUGUUUUAAGGAACCAGUUAAAGUAAUAAAGCAUUUAACACAGUGUAUUCAAAAAUGUAAAUGUAUGUGUGUUUUAAAAUCUAUAAAUUAAUCAUUAAUCAUUCCAAGAUUGUGGGGAAAGCAAAUACAGAAAUCUGUAAUUAUUCCUGCAGUAAUGGAAAUUGCAGGUUACUUGUAAGAUGGAUAAUUUGUUGUAAACAAAGACAUGUAAUUAUUCAUGCAAUAUUGUAAAACUUAUAGUAUAUUAAGAUAAUUAUUUGCAUGUAUUGGAUAUUUAACAGAGUAAAAAACAGCCUGGGCAAUGCA